UUCUUCUGCGAGUUUCCCUCGAGAACUAACCCUUGAAGAGGACCAACCGCAGCCGCGAGUUUUGCUGGCCCGACCAACCAGAGGCGACAUUGGGACCGGGGCGGGCAGUGAGGAGAGAGCUUCUCUGGAAGGGCUGGGCCGGCCGGGCUGGGACCCCGAGGGGCGCUGGGGAGGCCGGCGGGGUGCGGGAAUGCACGGGCCCCUCUCCGAUAGUGUAGGGGCUUCGGCGGCCCCGCUUCCCCCUUCGGAAGACCCCUGCAGGUGUCCGGGCCCAGCUUCGGCCACCAUGUCCCGCCAGACCCUUCCGGAUUCCGGCUGCCUGGACUUAUGGAGGGAACAAAAUGACCGGUUCGUUCGACAGGCCAAGAUGGCUCAGGACUCUGGUCUGUCUCUGAGGCGACAGCAGUUGGCUCAAGAUGCACUGGAAGGGCUCAAGGGGCUCAUCUGUACUCUGCAAGGGAUCCCUGCAGCUGUUCCUGUUCUCUCCUUGGAGCUGACUGUCAUCUGCAACUUCAUUAUCCUGAAGGCAAGCCUGGCCCAGGGUUUCACUGAAGAUCAGGCCCAGGAUAUCCAGCGGGGCCUAGAGAGAGUGCUGGAGACCCAGGAGCAGCUGGGGCCCACGUUGCAAUGGGGGCUCAGGGAGCUGUGGGACUCUGUCCUCCGUGCUUCCUCUUGUCUGCCGGAGCUGCUUCCUGCUGUACAUCACCUGGCUAGCCUGCAGGCUGCCCUCUGGCUGAGCACCGACCAUCUUGGGGACUUGGCCUUGCUGCUGCAGGCCCUGAAUGGCAGCCAGACUGGAGCCUCUGAGGAUCUGCUGUUGCUUCUAAAAACUUGGAACCCCCCAUCUGAGGAACUAGAUGCUCCACUGAUCCUGCAGGAUGCCCGGGGAUUGAAGGAUGUCCUUGUGACAGCAUUUGCCUACCGCCAAGGUCUCCAGGAGCUGAUCACAGGGAACCUACCCAAGGCUCUGAGAAGCCUGCAUGAAGCAACCUCAACUCUGUGUCCACGGUCUGUGUUGGUCCAGGUGUACACAGCACUGGGGACCUGUCUCCGUAAGAUGGGAAAUCCACAGAGAGCGUUGCUGUACUUGCUUGCAGCCCUAAAAGUGGGAUCAGCCUGUGGUCCCCCACUUCUGGAGGCCUCCAGGCUAUAUCAGCAACUGGGGGACACAGCAGCAGAACUGGAGAGUCUAGAGCUGCUGGUUGAGGCCUUGGGUGUCCCCCUCAACUCCAAAGCCCCCCAGCUUCUCAUUGAGGUAGAAUUGCUACUCCCACCACCUGACCCAGACUCGCCCCUUCACUGUGGCACACAGGGCCAGGCCAAGCACCUGCUAGCAAGCCGAUGCCUACAGACGGGGAGGGCAGAAGACGCUGCAGAACAUUACUUGGAUCUGCUGGCCCUGUUGCUGGAUGACUCGGAGCCAAGGUUCUCUCCACCUCCCUGCCCCCCAGGGCCCUGUAUGCCUGAACUGUUUUUGGAGGCGGCAGCAGCACUGAUCCAGGCAGGCCGAGCCCAGGAUGCUUUGACCAUAUGUGAGGAGUUGCUCGGCCGCACAUCAUCUCUACUACCCAAGAUGUCCCAGCUGUGGGAAGAUGCCAGAAAAGGAACCAAGGAACUGCCACAGUGCCCACUCUGGGUCUCUGCCACCCACCUGCUUCAGGGCCAGGCCUGGGUACAACUGAGGGCCCAAAAAGAGGCAGUUAGUGAAUUUAGCCGGUGCCUUGAGCUGCUUUUCCGGGUCACACUUGAGGACAAAGAACAAGGUGCAUCUUCCAGCUGUGAGCAUGGGUGUAAGUCAGAUGUGGUACGGCAGCAACUUCGGUCAGCCGCUCUGAUUAGUCGUGGACUGGAAUGGGUAGCCAGUGGUCAGGAUACCAAAGCUCUACAGGACUUCCUCCUCAGUGUACAGGUGUGCCCAGGUAAUCAAGACGCUUCCUUUCACCUGCUUCAGACUCUGAGGCGGCUGGAUCGGAAGGAUGAGGCCACUGCUCUCUGGUGGAAGAUGGAAGCCCAAACUAAGCUGCCACAGGAAGCAGCUACAUGGUCUCUCCCCCUGUACCUAGAAACCUACUUGAACUGGAUCCAUCCCUCUGAGCGUGAAACACUCCUUGAAGAGUUUCAGACAUCUCUGCUGGAGCCUUGUGACCUGUAGCUGCUGCAUUUCCAAGAGCUUGAGCUGGGAUCCCCCCUCCCAGCCCCCCACCCUGCCCCGUGGGGAGGGCUUUCUGCCUUCCUAUCCUUGGGGAAUGUGACUGGAGCUGACCAUGCCUAUAUGAUGCUUGCACUGGUGAGAUUGGUGGUAGUCCUACAAAAUUUGUCCUAGGUACUACCAUUCUGGUUUUGGAGAAAACACUCUUUGCCACUACCAAGUUAUUGACUUUGCUUGUGACACCUUUUAUUCUGUUUUCCCUUUUCUAGUGUUGGAUAAAAUCUCAUAUUUAUUUCU